GUCUGUGAGCAGCGCAGCAUGAAAGCAGUGGGAAACAGAAACACUAUGGCUGCCACUCUGUCUCUUACUCAGCUCUCCAGUGGAAAUCCCAUCUAUGACAAAUAUUAUCGACAGGUUGAUCCAACAGGCAGUGGGCGAGUGGCAGCAGCAGAUGCAGCUCUAUUCCUGAAGAGGUCCGGCUUGGCUGACUUGGUCCUAGGGAAGAUCUGGGAUUUGGCAGACUCUGAACGUAAAGGGGCCCUUAACAAACAGCAAUUCUUUAUAGCUCUGCGGUUGGUGGCCUGUGCUCAAAAUGGCCUGGAGGUGGCACUCAAGAGCCUUAAUGUGGCUGUUCCUCCACCCAAAUUUCAUGACACAAGCAGUCCGCUGUUGGCAGGAGGAGUGGCUGUUGAUAUCCCAUGGGUUGUUAAGCCUGAGGAGAAAAUGAAGUUUGACUCCAUCUUUGAAAGUCUGGGUCCAGUUGGAGGGAUCCUAACUGGAGACAAAGUCAAACCCGUCCUGCUUAACUCCAAACUGCCAGUGGACAUCCUCGGCAGGGUUUGGGAGCUCAGUGACCUCGACAGAGAUGGCAUGUUGGACAAAGAUGAAUUUUCAGUGGCGAUGUAUCUGGUAUACAGAGCACUAGAGGGAGAACCUGUUCCCAUGUCCCUGCCACCUCCCCUGGUUCCACCCUCAAAGAGGAAAAAACCCUCUGUGCCUCCUGUGAUGCCCCUCUUACCCUCACCCCCCUCAGUCAAAGACAGUCGCUCCUCCCACUCUGGCUCUAAGACCAUGCCCCACCCCCCAAAACCUGCCCCAGCUCCUGCCCCAACACCAGCAGCCGCCCCUUGGGUGGUGUCGCCAGCAGACAAAGCAAAGUACGAUGAACUGUUUAGCAAGACAGACGGUGACAUGGAUGGACUUGUCUCUGGACCUGAAGUCAGAGAUAUCUUCCUCAAAACAGGGCUACCCUCUGCCACACUUGCACGUAUCUGGGAGCUUUGUGACAUUGGAGACAUCGGCAAACUGACAAGGGAACAGUUUGCCCUGGCACUCUAUCUGAUCAAUCAGAAGCUAACUAAAGGCCUGGACCCUCCACAGAGUCUCUCCCCAGAGAUGAUCCCUCCAUCUGACCGGCUCAACAUUAAACAGAACAACUUGGCUAACCUUGCCGCUGACUUCUCGGCCAUCAAGGAGCUGGACUCACUCAGCAACGAGAUUGUAGAACUACAAAGGGAGAAGAGCACUGUGGAAGAGGAGAUAAAGGAGAAAGAGGAGGCCAUCAGACAGCGCAGCAGUGAAGUGCAGGACUUGCAGGAUGAGGUGGCAAGGGAAAGCGAGGAGUUACAGCGACUCCAGACUCAGCGUCAGAAGGUCCAGGAGGCCCUGGAGGAGCUGGACCAGCAGAAAAGCUCCCUGGAGGAACAGCUGUCUCAUAUCCGUCAGCAGACCAGCCAAGAGACCCAACUGAUCUCAUCGCUUCAGUCAGAGCAUGAGGAGCAGGAGCAGAGGAUAUGUCAGUAUGAGGAGGAGCUUGUCCAGGCACGAGAGGAGCUUCUCGCUCUGCAGGAGGAGAGCAGGAGGCUGCAGGAGAAGGUCCAGGCUGCUCAGGAGCAGCUCACACCUCUGAAAGAGUCUGUCCAAGACUCCUUCACACAAGUUGCACAGGUUCAACAGAAACUGAACGAUCUUCAGGAAGAGGAGAGGUCAGUGACAGCUCAACUCAGCUGGAAGAGAGCGUUGGAGGACAGCUCUCCUGUCAUGAUGAACGGAUCAGCUGGCCCCUCAGCAGAGCAGCACCAGGUGGACCCCUUCCAGCAGGACCUCUUCCAGGAAGACCAGCCUAAAGAGCUUAAGGAAGAAGAUCCAUCUAAUGUCUGGAAUCAGCAGACUGAACUUUCACAACAAAAAGAUAAGGAGAAAGAAAAGGAACAAGAUGAGGAAGAAGAGAAGGAGGAAGAGAGUCCAAAGAUUCCAGAGGAAGACAAACACAAACAUGAUGCUCUGGAUGAUCUGUAUACUAGUUUAGCCUCAUCUGAGUUGUACAAUAAUGUGUCCUCCCUCACAAAGACCCAGGAGAACACAGUGAAGGAACAAAGUAGCCUGACACCUGAUGUCUCCUCAGAGGUCACAGAUGAUGCAGGGGAGUCUCCUAAAGAGAGCUCACCGAAGGUUUCAUCACCAGAGCCAGAGAGAAAAGAGGAGCCUGCGGAGUCCACGGAAACCAACACCUCCUCGCUACCGCCUCAGACAAAUGCUCCCUCCCUGCCUGAGAUGGAUUUCUUCCAUUCUGACCCCUUUACUGACCAUGAUCCAUUCAAAGAUGACCCAUUUGGAAAAGCUGAUGCAGCAGAUCCAUUUGGAGGCGAUCCAUUCAAAGGGUCAGACCCCUUUGCUGCAGACUCUUUCUUUAAACAGACCUCAAGCGCCCCCUUUUCCUCAGACGACCCCUUUUCCGCCUCAACUGACCCGUUUGGUACCACUACUGGGAUGUCAGAGCCAGAUCUGUUUUCAUCCAGGCCAAAUGACACAGCACCAGCAACGACCUCAGAUCCCUUCACCUCCAAACCGACAAAUCCAGCUUCAGCUGCCAAGGAUCCAUUCAGUUCCUCGGGCAACAAUAUGUCUGAUUCUAACUUGUUUGGGGGCAAAAUGAACACUGUUGGUGAGACAGAUCCAUUUGGUUCUCAGGAUGGAGGGACAGAUCCGUUCAGCUGCUCUCAAGUAAACUCUGAUCUGGCUGUGAAGGACACUGCUGCAUCCAAUGAUCCAUUCGCUCCAGGUGGUACAACAGUGAGUGCCAACUCAGAUCCAGAUCCAUUUGCUGCUGUGUUUGGUAAUGAGUCAUUUGGAGGAGGCUUUGCAGACUUCAGUGCCUUGUCAAAGUCCAAUGGUUCUGACCAGUUUGGUAUCAACAAUAAGAAUCUGUUCCAAGAAGAAACUCAGUCCACCAGCCCUGAUGUCCCCCCAGCCCUUCCCCCUAAAACGGGUACGCCAACUAGACCACCUCCUCCACCUCCAGGUAAGAGAUCAUCCAUCUCCAGAACUGAGUCCUCUGACUCCUUCCAGCGACGAGGGCACUUUCUCCCGCAGGCUUCAGGCGACUUCUCCUCCUCAUCCUCCUCCUCCUCCCUUCCUGCCAAGGAUCCUUUAGCCGACCCCUUCGCCCCCUCCUCCCCUCCUCGUCAGAACCUACGGGAAGCUGACCGAUUUGCCAGCUUUGACAAAUAUCCUACAGAAGAAGACAUGAUAGAGUGGGCAAAGCGCGAGAGCGAGCGAGAGGAGAAAGAGCGACUUGCCAGGCUCACCCAGCAGGAACAAGAGGACCUGGAGCUGGCCAUCGCACUCAGCAAGUCUGAACUCUCCUGAAGAACUCCUGAACCCACCCUCCUCUCCCUUCUCCUCCUCUUCUGUCCUGGCCUUGCUUGGCAUGGCACGGCCCAGCCUGGACCAGCUCAGAAAGCACCAAAGCAAAGUGGGGACUGUAUAGGACUGAUUCAGCAGCACCUGCUGACCCCUAAAAGAGACCUCCUUAGAACUACAAACCCAUCUCUGAAUCUUUCAAAAGCAGGUUCUCCAGACUGUUGUCUUCACUGCGCUAUCCUGAAGAAAAGAUUGUUAAAUGAAUGCAGUGAAUAUGGAUUCUUAAUGUAAAGAUUGUUGAUUUCAACACCAGGUUACAAAUCCUGCAUUAACUCGCUAGAAUGUAAUUUAUUUAAACAUGCACUCAAGUCUAGAUCAGAACUGUCAGAGGUCCUGUCUUUAUCCACUAACAUUUACUUGCACAUUUUACAGAAGAUCUUCUCCGUACUGAAAAUUCAUGAGAUUUCUUUAAUUAGAAAUAUCCUUGGUUGUUUCAUAGAGCUCUAAAAUAUCUCUCCAGCUGUGAACAUGUACUGCCAUGCAUGUGCUAUUUUUAUUUACAAAUGUGCAGUUUUAUGAACAAAUCCAUCACGUAUAGCAUUCAGCUUCAACUCUUCAACUACUUUUUAAGUUUAGUUCAUUGUUUCCCAUCACUACUUUGUUCUUUAUUAAAAGGCGUAUUUUUGAGCACUAAAAGGAAUAAAUCUAACAUUAAUUAGCAUUGGACUUCAGGACACACUACAAGGGACUGCACAAAUCCAUUACAUUUAACAACAUCCAAUAUUUGGUAUCUAAGAAAUGGAAUCAUCAAAAUACUUAUAAUAUUUUAGCUAACCCUAACCCUUAACACCCAAAUGUUAAGGUUAAGGAAUGUAUUAUUUUUGCUGGAAUGCGGGUGAGUCUGAACAUCAGCAAACAAACAUGAGAUCAAAAAAAGAAAAUGUCAUAGAUGAAUGUAUAAGCACAGAAAAAAAUUAAUAUCCAUAGAGGUGGGUUAGGCAUGGGUAAUGAAAUGAAUAUUGUUUAUAUUAUUGUCAAUACUGAUUAAUUGAUGCUUCUCCCAGUGAUUGAAUAGUCUCCCAAAACAGUGUCAUGCUCCGUGACAACUGGAUGCUGAUUGGUUAAAACAUUUUGUAAUGAAAAAGGUCAGUUUCCUCAAUUAGUGAAAAUAAUUUUAUGGUUCUACACCCGUUCCCAUUUAUCAUGAUCCACUGUUGGUGCUUUUUAUAAGCAUUUGUAUCAACUUGAGAUUAUCUAGUUUGUUUCUUUUCUUUCCAGUAGAUGCUUUCUUUCAAGUGAAAGUUGACUGAUGUCUUUCCAUGGAGCAUUUUGUCUUCAGUCUGUGCACUUCAGUGUCAGUGGACAUUUAACUUGCAAAAAAGCUGCCUGGUAUGAAGAGGAGAAAAUGCUCAUCUUGGCAAACACCCACACAGCAGUCAGCUGACCAAUGAUUAGCCCUCUUCUUCUUUUUCCUGCCUCAUAUUGAACAGGAAGUGCUCAGCUGUCCAAACAAAAACUGUGUUUGUACUUGAUUAACUUAAAAAUUCAAAGCAUUCAGGACACCACUCAUCUGUUCUCAUAUGGUUUUAUUCAUAUUUUCACAUUCUCUUCUUGGCAUGUUAAACCAGUCUGCUAUCUGUCGUUGAUACCUCUUUUCCUAUAUGGUGCAUCUCUUGUUAUGCAGUUAAAUUUGAAUACAAGAAAAAAGCAUUCAUCUAUGUGUUCAUUACGUUCACAGCUGAGUCUCCUCUCUUACUACACUUGAAUGUUCUCAUUCUUUCUCUAUAAAAAGGCCACCAGAUAUGUCAGUCUCAUUUGUACAGGCUCCUCAGUAUUUCAGAAAUCCAGUUUAAGAACCACUUGUGUUUCUAGGCUUGCCCAUACAUGCUUUUUAAAACUCAAGCUAACUGUAUUUUAUUUUGUAUUUUCUAACAUGUAAGAAAUAAAAAACCUUAUUUCAAGGUUUGGCCAGAAUAUGUAAUGCAUUUAACUGAAACAGAAUAAAUAUUAAAUAUGUAGUUUUGCAUAUGUGUGUUGUCUUCAGACAGAAUCAUCUUUAAGUAUGCAGAGAGUGAUAAGAGUUUAUUUAAUUUGCCGUGUAACAGAAGCAUCAGUUUGGGAGGCCAAUUGCCUAGCAACUGGAAUGUGGCCCAUGCACAAAGCUACAGUCAUCCGAGCAGGUAGUUCAACCUGGCUUCUUUCUCACUCUCUCCCCCAUCUUCCUGCUGUAUCACUGUCCUGUCCAGAAUAAAGGUCUAAAAUCCCCCAAA